UCUUGACAUGGAAAAACGUAGCAAGUCUUCCUUUUUCAUUACAUAAAAUCAGUAAAGUGGAAUCACUCUGUUCACUCACAAUUUUCCAAUCUUGAGUCUCAAAUUCUGAGUUAAAAUGUCUGCUGGACGCCCUAAAUCCGAUGAACGCCCUAAGGUAUUCUUUUACCGAUAAUAUUGUGUAGUUGAAUUUGGUUUAGACAAUGUGAUAAAUAAUUCUAGAGAGUUUUUCAUUUGGACAAAAAGUCUGCUCAACAUUCAUGAGUGCAUUCGAUGCAUUCUUCAAGAAGGUUAAACGCGUCAUGGACAUUUAUUUGUUGUUUGGUUAUCAAACUUAAGAUUAUGAUUGACAAGAACAGAAAUCGAGUAAUCUUUGCAGAGUCGGACCAUGAAUUCAUCGACACACUCUUCUCAUUCUUGACACUCCCGUUAGCUACAAUUCUAAGACUUCUUGAAAAAGAUAUGGUUCAAUUGGGAUCAAGUAGCCGUGUUUAUGCCAGUGUUUAUUCGCUUGAGCCGAGGUUCUUGCGUACAAGCUACUGCAAAUCCAUGUUGAUCAUGCCGCGGAGUGCAUCAGAAGUUCAGUGUGAAAAGCUGAAGCUCAAUGUUGAUUACUCGGAGAAUGCAGGGAAGUUGUUUAACUGUAAUAGCUAUAACCCUAGGUGUAAAAACAUUUUCAGUAUCGCGCAGAAUACACGCUGCUUCUGCUGUACUAGAUUGAGACAAUGUGAUAGAAAAAUUAAAGAGAAGGAAGAGAAGAGAAGUUGUGGGGGAGAAACCGUGGUUGAAGUCUUUUUUAAGGGUGGGGCAGCAAGCUUUAUGAUUACAGAUGAUUUACAGGUAAUGCCAGCCUCAACUGCUAGUUUAACUGCUUUGUUCGGAAAGCUCGGAGUCAGUGACAAGAGUGAAAUUGAGGCAAAGACUGUAGAAGUUGGUACUCAGGAGGUGUUGCAACUGCUGAAGUUCUCAUUGCUCUCGAAGAAGGCUUUGACAAAUAUGGUACUGAAUAGCCAGGGAAGUUGGUUGAAAGAUAUAUCGAAGUUUGAAUAUAACCAAACUGCAAAGUUAGACAAGAAGACCAUGUCUCAAAACACAAAUAGUAUGAACCUGAAGCUUAUAGUCAGCAAAAGUAAGAAGAAGGUUUUGUAUGCAGAAGCGGGGUUCAAGCUUGUAGACUUCCUUUUCAGUUUCCUUGUAUUUCCGUUAGGGGCUGUAGUAAAGCAUCUAGGCGGUAACUCAAGACUUGGAUGUAUAGAUAAUUUGUAUAAGGGUGCUGCUGAGUUGAGUUUGGAAAAUUAUAUCAAAUCAGAAGAAUGCAAAAAUAUGUUACUCUCUCCGAAACUGUUUCCACACUCUGGUUUUGACAGUCAUAUUCUCGAUGUGGAAGAGGAGUACCCGAAAUACAGAUAUGAUGACUCUGGAAAUAUAGAAUUAGUAAGGAACACUAAUAAAUCCGAGGGAUCAUCCAUAGUAAAUGAGGAAGAAGCAAGUGAUUUAGCCAUCAAUAUUUUGGAUCCAAAGUCUCCAACAGGAGAAACUAUAAAGGGUGAAGGAUACUUGAAAGGACCCGCAACGUUUAUGAUAAUGGAUAAUCUUCUAGUGACUCCUUUUUCCCCUACCGCAAUCAUAACUCAGCUUAAUCAAAUGAAGGUGUCAACCAGUGAUGUCGAGGAACGCACUGUAACUGUUGGGAAGGACGAGGCCUUGAAUUUACUGAAAGCAUCUUUAAUCUCAAAAACAGUUCUAAAUGAUGUUUUCAACAUUAGGGAACCUUAUCCUAAGGUUAUGCUUAAAGUGUGAAGUUUCAUACGGUAUGCGUGUGAUUAUAUCGUACUGUAUUAUGCGUGAAGUUUCAACCUGACGCUAUGUGUGUGAUUAUAUCGUGUCAUGAAAUUAUAUUUCGCGUGUUAUUUCCAUGUAGUGUGCUAUUGUAAAUAACAUUGUUGUGAUUUUUCGUGAGAUGCAGACUAUUGUGUGCCUUUGGCAUGCACGCAGUACUGUGACUUAAUGCCUAGUUUUUACAUUGUUUUUGUU